GGAGAGACGGAGAGAGAAGGAACCUGCGGGGUCCAUUUAACACCAGCAGAGUGCACUCCGCUCCACACGCGCUGGGUCACUUCUCGAGGAAGCAACGGGCUGGUUUCUCCCACUGCCUUUGCUGCACCUCCGAAACAUUUUAAAGGAUCGGGGUCCGUUUGAAGGACAACAGCGAAUCUCCUCUCAUGCCAGUGCGUGUUUAACGUUGGGAGGGAACAAAUCUCCACUGUUUCGUUUCGUUUUAACGAUUGAACACUGCAGUGUACAGUCCGACGUUUCACUUGGAUUUUAGGAGUGCAAGCGCGGUGUGCGCUCAUUCCCCUAACCAUGGAAUUAUGGAUAAAGUUGAUGGUGUUGUACGGUUUCUGUUUAGGGGCAAGUGCUGAGAAUGACGGCAGGUGGCCUCGGCAGAUGGCCUCGUCCAAUGGGCUGUGUCGCUACGGCGCCCGCAUCGACUGCUGCUGGGGAUGGACCCGGCGCUCCUGGGGCCACUGCCAACGCGUCUUCGCUCUAACCCACAGAGUAGUCGGGAGAAUACGGUGUCCGCCACAAGCUCUGUGCCAGCACGGGUGUAAGCAUGGAGACUGCGUAGGACCCAGCAAAUGCAAGUGUCACCCCGGCUUCACUGGAAAAACCUGCAAUCAAGAAGAGGAACUGGACUAUGUAACCCCCCUAACAUGGGACAGUCACCCCCCUAUCUUUCUUCCUGUGGACCACCAGCCUCCAGCAGGGGUGUUGAUGGAGGACCUGAACGAGUGUGGUCUGAAGCCCCGGCCGUGCAAACACAGGUGCAUGAACACAUACGGCAGCUACAAGUGCUACUGCCUCAAUGGCUAUAUGCUGAUGCCUGACGGGACAUGUGGAAAUACCCGUACCUGUGGUAUGGCCAACUGCCAGUAUGGCUGUGAGGUGCUGAAGGGAGAGGUGCGCUGUCAGUGCCCGUCGCCAGGGCUUCAGCUGGCGCCGGAUGGAAGAACCUGUGUGGACGUGGACGAGUGUGCGACCGGCAUGGCCACGUGUCCCCGGUUCCGUAAGUGCGUCAACACAUUCGGGAGUUACAUCUGCAAGUGUCACGAGGGCUUCGACCUGCAAUACAUCAACGGGAAGUACCAGUGCGUAGAUGUGGAUGAGUGCUCCUCAGGCCAAAACCAAUGCAGCAGUUUCGCCACCUGCUAUAACACGCCUGGUUCCUACAAGUGCAAGUGCAAAGACGGCUACAGGGGGAUGGGCCAUGACUGCAAACCCAUUCCCAAGGUGGUCAUCGAUCCCCCCAGGUUCCCCCCGAACCACCACAACAUUAUCCCUGACUCGGACCACAAGAGGACCACCACCACGAUCCGACCACCCAUGACCGCCAAGAGAGUCGCCCCCACCGCCCCCAAAAGAACCACAACCACUCCCAAACCAACGACCAUGACCACAACUACUACUAGAGCACCUUCUACAACCACACUACCACCUCCCCCACCUCCUCCAAGGACGAUGCCCCCCGCCCCUCGUAAGCCAGUGGUCCCCACGAGACCACCAAUCAUACCCACCAGGAGACCCGCUGUAGUCACCCGUAAGCCCUAUGUGCCCCCACGGCGUCCCGCCAUCACCUCUCCACCGCCCCCCACCCGCAGGACCCCACCCUACGUGCCCACACGCCGCCCGCCUCCCCCAAAACAGCCCGAGCCGGUCACCCCAGUGGACAACACCAUCGAGAAGGAGGUCACCAAACAGAGAGGUGACGUCCACAUUCCACGUAACCAUGAUCACAACACCGUCUUGGGGGUCGACUUUGACAUUGAGCUGGGCAACACGGCCGACGAAGCGAAGGAUGACGCAGAGGCUGGCUACCUGAGCUGCUCCUUUGAUAACGGGCUUUGCGGUUGGAUCCGGGACAAGGAUGGCGACCUGCACUGGGAGACAACACCGGACCCAUCUGGUGGAAAAUACCUCACCAUCCCUGAGGUGAGCGACAAGAAGAGCGGGCGAGGGGCGCGCCUGGUCCUCCCGUUGACACCUCCCUGGAACGACGGUAACCUGUGUCUGUCGUUCCGCCACAAGCUGGCAGGUCACCAUGUGGGGAUGCUCCAGGUGUUUGUGAAGAAAGGGAAGCAGUACAGCCCGGCCGUGUGGGGAAGGACGGGGGGUAGCGGCUGGAGACAUACCCAGAUCACGCUGUGGGGCACGGGACUUGAGAGUGUGAUUCUGAAGGGCGAGCGCGGGCGUGGCCGGAGCGGAGAGAUGGCCGUGGAUGACAUCACCUUGAGAAAAGGUUCCUGCACCGAGGAGCACAAUCUGAGAAGACAUUAAUACACACAGCAGAGAGAGACAGAGAUGGAGAGAGAAAGAGAGAAAGAUAGAGCCCAGGGAGGAGCAGACUCUGAGAAGACAUUAAUACACACAGCAGAGAGAGACAGAGAUGGAGAGAGAAAGAGAGAAGAUAGAGCCCAGGGAGGAGCAGACUCUGAGAAGACAUUAAUACACAGCAGAGAGAGACAGAGAUGGAGAGAGAAAGAGAGAAGAUAGAGCCCAGGGAGGAGCACAAUCUGAGAAGACAUUAAUACACAGCAGAGAGAGACAGAGAUGGAGAGAGAAAGAGAGAAAGAUAGAGCCCAGGGAGGAGCAGACUCUGAGAAGACAUUAAUACACACAGCAGAGAGAGACAGAGAUGGAGAGAGAAAGAGAAGUGGAGAGAAGAUAGAGCCCAGGGAGGAGCAGACUCUGAUUGGACCCCCAUAGAGGGUCCAAGAGCACCUCUGGGAAGAAGGGGCAUUUCUCUCUGCCUGUCCACCAAUAAGAAGACCGCACCAAACCUGUCCACCAACAAGAGGACUGCAACAAACCUGUCCACCAAUAACUAGACUGCACCAAACCCUUCCACCAAUAAGAAGACUACCCCAAAUCACAGGGGAGAAAGAGGGUUCACCAUGUGAUCCCCCACCACCCCUACCCAACUCUCCAUCACCCGGUUCCUCACUAUUGACCUGUGCUUGCCCCUGGUAACCCUGGUAACGUCCCUGUGAGCACUGCCACCCAGCCAAUCACACCGCCCAAAGGCCUCCAUCGAUGUUUCAUCAUCUUUCAUAUUUUAGUCUGAAGCCAUAUCUGAUUGUUUGCUAUCCAUCAUUUAGAUUGUAUAACUGUUUUAACCUGCGUCGUGUUCAUUUGGGUACCAAACAGGGAAAAACUGACUGAAACAGGGAGGGACUACGAGGGCUUGUCCAAUAAGAAACAAUUAUUUACAUUUUCCAUUGCAGAGCAUUUUAAAACAUUUCCUGUUCUGUGCCCUAAUGAGCAGGACCAAGGGACAACAAGAGAAGACACCAACCUGUAAUGAUAAUGGGGAGAAUGAAAAAUCCAAACCCUGCUCCGUUUAUUUAGACAAAUCAAAUUCUGUAAAACUAGUGCUGAGGCACUCGUAUGUUACUAUUGCUACAACCGUAUGCAAGUUCACAUAAUAAGCCAUUAUUAUCUGAAUUCUGAAUUUUAAGAUUGACCGUGAUUUCUCUCUAUGUGCUUUGUUCUAUUAAGUGCAAGUUGGUUGUACUGGCGAUGACAGUAUCAACGAUUUCUGGCUCUCACCCAGUGUAUUAUUGUAAAUGUAGUCGUGUGUACAUAUUCUAGAACACUUUCAUGCUCAUAUUAAGCUGUGUGGUUUAUACGUUUAUGUAAAUUCAGACUUAUGUAUUAAUUGGAGUGGAAAAAUGUAUGGUUUUCGUUUGUUUCUAUAAUUCAAGAUCAAUAUAUGGAUAAACAUUUGAACCUUGUGGGAAUACAAGGCUGUUUACAGUACAUAAAUGAUCAUAUCUGUUCAUGCUUUAUGUUGAAUUACUAGAUCGCUUCCUCAGUAGUUUUGUAACGUUUAGCAGUACACAGUUGCAUUAUUGUGCCAUCUGCCAUAAUGAAGGUUCUGAUCUGUUGGAAAUUCAAACUGUACUAUAUGCAUGGAUCAGUUCACCAAAUUCUCAUAAUAUACUCAGCCAAUGAUGUAAAUAAAAGGACAUUGACUGAUA